AUGGCAAAGGUGCAAGAAAACUGGCGCGAUGUUAUUGCUGACAGACUUCGGGAACGAAAUAAAAAUGAAUCGGCACGGUUUGCUGAUAUUAUACAUUACAAUAACCGACUAUUCGAUGCGGCCGCUAAACUGCGGCAGGAAAAUUUGGAUUUGAAAAUUGAUAAAAAAAUUCGGGACAGUGUAAAUGCUACCGGCACGGGGGGUAGUAGCACCGGGUUCGCGACGGAUGUAGCUGCCAUAACGAACGCCCAAAUUCAAUCGCUCGAAAAGAAGGUGCUUGCCCAACAGGAAGAGCUAACAGAACUCCAUAAACGCAAGGGCGAACAUUCGCAAAUGGUGAUUAACCUUAACCAGAAGCUGUCGGAUCUGCAGCGGCUGCUGAUUGAGAAAGAGCGGCUACUGGCAGAAAAGACGGCACUGAGCGUUUCGUUGAAGGAAGAGUUAGACGAGCUGAAAGCGUCACACAUUACAAUAAAGGAUGAAUCGCUAGCUUCGCAGUUGCGCGCAAAUGCGGCCGAAGACAAGUUGCGCGCAGUGCAGGAUGAGAACACCAAGCUGCUCAAUCUGCUAAUGGAAUACAAAUCACGCGAUGCCGAGAUUAUGAACAAGGAAAAUGAUAAAUUUGUCAAGGAGAAAAAGGCACGCAUAGAAAGUGAACUGGAACGGGCUAUACGCGACAUACCGGGUCCUUCGUCACUCGGACCUGAUCUAGAUCGGUUCGAUGUAGACGGAUUGCCGGAGGGUGUGGAGUUUAAGUUUGAUGCUCACGACGGUGAGGUGAAUGCGGUACGCUGGAGUCCGAUCGAGCGUAUCGUAGCCACAGGUGGUGCUGACCGAAAGGUUAAACUGUGGGACGUGGGAAAAGGUAUUUGUGAACAGCGUGGUGUGCUUGUAGGCAGCAAUCAAGGCAUCAAUUCGGUUGAAUUUGAUACUACCGGAUCCAUGAUAUUGGCCGCUUCGAAUGAUUCAGCUAGCCGGAUGUGGUCGGUCGUGGAUCAUCGGUUAAGGUGUCUAGCGAUUACAUAG